CAUCAAAAACAUUGCCAAAACAAAAACAAGUGGUCCAAAAAAGAAAAACAAUUAGAAACGAAGCCAAACGUUUUAAUUAAAGUGAUGCAAUAAAAUGGAAAUGAAUGUGUAGUGACAAAUGAAAUUAAAUUAAAGCUCUGACAAAUUGAUUCGCAAAUGUAAAACAAUUGACAGCCAACCAAAAAAAAACUCAUAGUAGUGGCAACAAAAAAUUGCAACAAUAGCUAGCAGCGCAGUGGCAUCAACAGUUGCUGCCACAACAACAAUCAGCCGCAACAACAACAGCAACAACAUGCCGGCAUCAAGUGGAUUAUAUCGCAUCAAGCAUGGCCGUGUCCUUGACUGGCUGCAAAAACCAACGGCACUUAUUUUUAUUAUAGCAUACAUUGCGGCAUGCGGCAUUUGCGACCAAACAGCAGCGGCCGGAGCCGGAGCCACGGAGGGCGCAAAAUCAGAAUCCUCCACAAUGGCGACGUCAGCCAGUGAGCCAUUACUGAGGCAUAUAAAUCAAAAUUUAAUUAUGUCGCAGACAAAGGAGGAGGAGGGCCUCAAGGCGAAUCUGGAGCCAGUGCCCGUUCCGCUGCCCUUUGCCCAAAGUCCAGGAUCUGGAUCCGCCACCUCGUCUGGCAGUGGGAGCAGCAUCACUAGCUUCGACUCCAACAACUUGAUCGAUGACAAGCGCCAGCCAACAGGCCCACACCUGCAGGACAGCACCUCCUCGACAUCCAUUCACCUCCAGCAUCCCCAGCAGCAAUCGCACUCGCGAAUCCAGGCCAAAGACACAGCCGGGCCGUAUCCCAUACCGAUACACCGACCCGAGCCCGUGGAGAACCAUCUGGAGGCCGCAAACGGGCUGGACGGGGGCGUGGAGAGUGUGUUCGGCACACCCAUGUACUUUGGCACCGAGAACUCAACGGUGGUGACCACGCAGAUUGGUGCCACCGCCCAUGUGCCCUGCACCGUGCACCACAUCGGCGAGGGAGUGGUAUCGUGGAUACGCAAAAAGGAUUAUCAUCUGCUUACGGUCGGCUUAACAACCUACAGCAGCGAUGAGCGGUUCAGUGCGACGCACUUGAAACAUUCCGAGGAUUGGACACUGCAAAUCAAAUUCGUGCAGCUACGUGAUGCCGGCGUCUACGAGUGCCAGGUGUCCACCCAUCCGCCCACCUCGAUUUUCCUGCACCUGAGUGUCGUCGAAGCGCGUGCCGAAAUCUCGGGACCCCCAAUUCGAUACUUAACGCCCGGGUCCACGCUUCGCCUGCAAUGCCGAGUGGUGCAGAAUACGGAGGCAUCGGAGUAUAUAUUCUGGUAUCACGACAACCGCAUGAUUAACUACGACAUCGAUCGGGGCAUUAACGUCUCCACAGAGCCAGACUUUCAAUCAUCGGAGCUUACCAUUCAGCGGACACGGCGGGAGCACUCCGGUAACUUCACAUGCGUGGCUAGCAACACGCAGCCUGCCAGCGUCCUAGUCCACAUCUUCAAAGGCGACAAUCCGGCAGCCAUGUAUCACGGACAUGUGGGCGGCUCCACGAAGACAAUGCAGUCGCAGCUGCAUAUGAUUAUGAUAAUCAUUGCCAGCGGCUAUCGGAUAUUCCACACGAGUGUAUAUAUGAAGAUCGUGUAGAUGGGUCAGCUGCUGUAAGCCCGGACGGAAAAGAGGAAGGACGACGGCUGGAGGACGCAUUUGUAACUAUGUCAUGGAAGAGAGGGAAGCCAAACAGACGGAACCUUAGCCAUAAUCUUGAAUUAGUUAUUUCUCUACUUCUAAAAUACUAUGAUGGCAUCUCUCGAGGCCCAGCAUCCAACAUACGUACUAAACCAUACACCUAAAAUCCAAAGAGAAAAAAACCAAAUACCAAAAACCUAAUACCUAAAGCCUAAGCCAAAAACUAUCAAAAGAAAAGAAUCAAAUCUAAGAGCUACCUAAGAGCAGGCCCCGCAAGCUGAGCCAUCAAUCAGCAGGUGAGGCGCCGCCAGGUGUGCGUGUAUACAACACUCCUUUUAUAUGUGUAUGUGUCUCUGUGUGAGUGUGUUUUGUUAAUGUGUAAGUGUCAUACUUAGCCACAAGAUGCAGCAGCAGUAGCAGCCACAGCCGCAGCAGCAGCAGCUUAGAUGCCACAUGCCGCACAUAAUGUAUAAAGGUAAACUUUGCAGACUAUUAGAGAACCAGGAGGCACCAGGAGCUUUUAUCCAGCAGAUGGUUUUCCGAAAAACUGACUCACUUAACAACUAGUGGGGGUUACUCAGCUCAACCUUAAGAACUGACCGAAAAAAAACUUAUAUACAUAUACAUAUAUAUAUAGUUUGUGCAUUUCGAUAUCUAGAAUUCAUAUUUUUACAAGUCUCUACGAUUAAGGAACAUAGUUUCAGCCCCAAGCACUCAAUCAUCGGGAUUUGAUUUAUGCCGCAUUGUACAGACAACCACUUAACUGAUUAAAAUGGAUUUAGCUGAAGACAUUUCGUUUUACUCGAGAAAAGGCUCUUUGAAUAAACUUUGAGAAUUAAGCUGUAAAUAAAUUAUUUGUUAAACUAAAUUACAUAAAUAAACUAUUAUCGUUAAGUGUGGCUAAAAGUUAUUUGCAAGAAGUGCAAAAAAAUUGCAGAGAGUUAAGGGAAGAGACAAGUUGAUAAGUACUUAUGGCUAAGAAACAAAAAUUUGGCAAAAAGUUGUUAAUCAAAAGAGAAAAGAUGGCAAAAAAAACCAAAAAUCGAAAAGCGAGAACCGAACAGAGUAAUCAAAAUAAACUAAUUGUCUAACUUAAGAGAUAUUUAGCAAUUUUUAAUUAGUGGACAUAACUUUUAACUGUCUUAGCGGCAUUGGCGAUUAACUAAACAGUGACGAUUGAGGAGGUAUUGAGGACGGCUUUCAAUGAUUAAGUGUAAAUAUCGAAUUGUGCAGCUGCAGCAAUGAUUUCUAGCCCUUAAGUCUGUGUAGUUAAAUGUAACGAAAAUUACUAAAAUGAAAACCAUCAAGCGAAAACAGAACAAAUAAAACAUAAUAAAAUU